ACGGAGAAUAAUUCCGUAACAAACGUUUCACAGCAGUGGACGCGUGCAGCGGACGAAAAUAAAGCGGCCGAGACAAAAGAAAAAAGUAUUUCAGAAAAGCAACGCAAAGUCAACUAAAAGCGAAAAUCGCAAACAAAUAAAAAGAAACAAAAUUUAAAUAACUAAUUCAAGCAAACAAAGACAAUAAUCUCGCACAAAACUAGCAAAAAACAAGGCGGCCAACAAAAAAUAAAGAAAAGAUAAAAUAAAAAGAAUACGAAAAACAAGCGAAAAAAAAAAACGCGAACUAAACGCGCGUGCACAAAAAUACAAGUUUCUGUAAUAAAUAUAUAUAGUAUAUAUAUUUUUUUUUUUGGUGCCAGUGCCUGUGACUGCCGUUAGGCGACUGCCAAAACUAAAGCCAAGAGCUAAAGCGAAAGCGAAAUCAAAAGGAACAGCAAUUACAACGACAUGGACCAAGAGCAGCAGCAGCUGAAUGGCGCGAUGCGCAGCGUUUCUAUAAAUAGCAACGGACUAGCCACAAAACUGAAUGGCCACAACGGCUGCAAAGGCACCGACGAAACGGACAAUGUAAGAGUGCAGCCCACGGCGACGGCGGCGGCGGCGGCGGCGGCGAGCGGCGUCAGCUUCACUAUCGGCAGCGAAACGAGUAAAGCGACAAAUGCAGCGAAUUCGGCGACUGCGGCGACCGCGGCGACAGCGAACGCAAAUGCAAAUGCAAUUCAAAUACAAACAUCAGCAGCUGGUGCGAGUGCAGCGGAAAAAAAGAAAAUGGUGCACGAGUUAUGUCAGCAGCUGUUGCUAACCGAUGAGCAGGUGCAGGAGCUGUGCUAUCGCAUACUGCACGAGGUGAGGCGCGGCCUGGCGAAGGACACGCACGCCAAGGCGAAUGUCAAGUGUUUCGUUACCUACGUCCAGGAUCUGCCCAAUGGCAAUGAGCGCGGCAAGUUCCUGGCCCUCGAUCUGGGCGGCACCAAUUUCCGUGUGCUUCUCAUCCACCUGCAGGAGAACAACGACUUCCAGAUGGAGUCGCGCAUCUAUGCGAUACCGCAGCACAUCAUGAUCGGCUCCGGCCGUCAGCUGUUCGAUCAUAUUGCCGAAUGCUUGUCCAAUUUUAUGGCCGAGCAUAAUGUGUACUCGGAGCGCCUACCUCUGGGAUUCACGUUCUCGUUCCCCCUGCGCCAGCUGGGCCUGACCAAGGGCCUGCUCGAGACCUGGACAAAGGGCUUCGACUGUGCCGGCGUUGUCAACGAGGAUGUCGUCCAGCUGCUCAAGGAUGCGAUCGCGCGCCGCGGCGACGUACAAAUCGAUGUCUGUGCCAUACUCAACGACACGACGGGCACUCUGAUGAGCUGCGCCUGGAAGAACCACAACUGCAAGAUCGGCCUCAUCGUCGGCACCGGCUCCAAUGCCUGCUACGUGGAAAAGGUCGAGGAGGCCGAGCUCUUCGACAUGGCCGACAAUAACAAGCCGCACGUUCUCAUCAACACGGAGUGGGGCGCGUUCGGUGACAAUGGAGCACUCGACUUUGUGCGCACCGAAUUCGACAAUGACAUCGACAGCCACAGCAUCAAUCCCGGCAAGCAGACGUUCGAGAAGAUGAUCUCGGGCAUGUACAUGGGCGAGCUGGUGCGCCUGGUGCUGGCCAAGAUGACACAGAACGGCGUCCUCUUCAAUGGCCAGGGAUCGGAGGUGCUGUUCACGCGCGGCCUCUUCUUCACCAAGUACGUGAGCGAAAUCGAGGCCGAUGAGCCCGGAACAUACACCAACUGCCGCCUGGUGCUGGAGGAGCUGGGCCUCUCCAAUGCCACCGAUGGUGACUGCGCCAACGUCCGCUACAUCUGCGAGUGCGUCUCGAAGCGAGCGGCCCACCUCGUCUCCGCGGGCAUCGCCACGCUGAUCAACAAAAUGGACGAGCCCCACGUGACGGUCGGCGUCGAUGGCAGCGUCUACCGUUUCCAUCCCAAGUUCCACAAUCUGAUGGUGGAGAAGAUAUCGCAGCUGAUCAAGCCCGGCAUCACCUUCGAUCUGAUGCUCUCCGAGGACGGAUCUGGACGCGGUGCGGCGCUGGUGGCGGCGGUUGCCUGUCGAGAGGACAUACUCAAUAGCAAGUAAACGGUUGGCAAUCGCAGUCGCAAUAGCAAUCGCAAUCGUUAUUGUAAUUGUAAUCGUUAUCGUUAUCGUAAUCGGAAUCGGCGUCGCAGUUGCUAAACUAAGCAAAAACCAAUCAAUUGAGUUCGAAUUCGAUCAAUUUUCGAAUUUCGAAUUACAAAUUCUUAAGGCGAAAAAUGAGUUAGUUUCCUUUUGCCGCCGCUGCGGAGGCGCCACUCGCUGCCGCCAGGUAGCGCCAACGCGGGGCGCUUAGUAUUUAAAUUAGGCAAGUUCUUAGACAAAAACAAAAAACAAAAGAGAGAAA